AUGCUGAUUUUCUUCACUCUCGUUGUUGCCUGUUUGGCAAAGUUGGAUCUAAGAGUGAAAUUAUCACUGAAGGAGGCGGAAAAGCUUACUGGCAGUGACCUCGACGAGUAUCUGCUUAGACAUCAGAAACUUUUCAAGGUGGGAGAAUCAAAGCAAGCUGUCGAACGCAUGAAGCAUUUGAUGGAUUCAAAAUUCUUAGUCGAGCCGAAGGAAGAGGAGCGUAAGAAAAUCCCAAUCGACAAAGACGAGGUUAUUCCUGAAAAAGCCAUCGGCAUAUGA